CCCGGACUUCCGGAAGCCGACGCCGGGCGAGCAGGAAGCCGCCGAGACCCGGCCAAAAGGCCGGGGGUUAAUUUAGCCCGAAAAAAGGGGGGCGUGCUGGGCUGUAGGGCUAACCUGUCAAUUCGCCACCAUGAACGUGGUUUUUGCUGUGAAGCAGUACGUUUCCAAAAUGAUAGAGGACAGCGGACCGGGCAUGAAAGUACUUCUCAUGGAUAAAGAGACGACUGGCAUAGUGAGUAUGGUAUACACACAAUCAGAGAUUCUUCAGAAGGAAGUGUACCUUUUUGAACGCAUUGAUUCUCAAAAUCGAGAGAUCAUGAAACACCUGAAAGCAAUUUGUUUUCUUCGCCCUACGAAGGAGAAUGUGGAUUAUCUGAUUCAAGAGCUCCGGAGACCAAAAUACAGUAUAUAUUUUAUUUAUUUCAGUAAUGUGAUCAGCAAGAGUGAUGUGAAGUCAUUAGCUGAAGCUGAUGAACAGGAAGUUGUGGCUGAAGUUCAGGAAUUUUAUGGUGAUUACAUUGCUGUGAAUCCACAUUUGUUUUCCCUCAAUAUUUUGGGUUGUUGCCAGGGUCGGAAUUGGGAUCCAGCCCAGCUAUCCAGAACAACUCAAGGACUGACGGCUCUCCUUUUAUCUCUGAAGAAAUGUCCCAUGAUUCGUUAUCAGCUUUCAUCAGAGUCAGCAAAGAGACUUGCAGAAUGUGUUAAGCAAGUAAUAACUAAAGAAUAUGAACUGUUUGAAUUCCGGCGGACUGAGGUUCCCCCGUUGCUGCUUAUUCUAGAUCGUUGUGAUGAUGCCAUCACCCCAUUGCUAAACCAGUGGACAUACCAGGCCAUGGUCCAUGAGCUACUGGGCAUAAACAACAAUCGGAUUGAUCUUUCCAGAGUGCCGGGAAUCAGUAAAGACUUAAGAGAGGUGGUCCUAUCUGCUGAAAAUGAUGAAUUCUAUGCUAACAAUAUGUACCUGAACUUUGCUGAGAUUGGCAGCAAUAUAAAGACUCUCAUGGAAGACUUUCAGAAGAAGAAACCAAAAGAACAGCAAAAACUAGAAUCAAUAGCAGACAUGAAGGCCUUUGUGGAGAACUACCCACAGUUUAAGAAGAUGUCUGGGACUGUAUCAAAGCAUGUGACAGUGGUUGGAGAGCUGUCCCGGUUGGUCAGUGAGCGGAAUCUGCUGGAAGUUUCAGAAGUUGAGCAAGAACUGGCCUGUCAAAAUGACCAUUCUAGUGCUCUCCAGAAUGUAAAGAGGCUCCUGCGGAACCCCAAGGUGACGGAGUGUGACGCCGCCCGCCUGGUGAUGCUAUAUGCUCUGCACUACGAACGACACAGCAGCAACAGCCUGCCAGGCCUGGUGAUGGACCUCAGGAACAGAGGCGUGUCCGAGAAGUACCGAAAGCUUGUGUCUGCAGUAGUUGAAUACGGUGGUAAACGGGUCAGAGGAAGUGACCUCUUCAGCCCCAAAGACGCUGUAGCUAUUACCAAACAGUUCCUCAAAGGACUGAAGGGAGUAGAAAACGUGUACACUCAACAUCAGCCUUUUCUACACGAGACCCUGGACCAUCUCAUCAAAGGAAAGCUUAAGGAAAACCUGUACCCGUAUCUAGGCCCCAGCACACUCAGAGACAGACCUCAGGAUAUCGUUGUGUUUAUAAUUGGAGGCGUUACCUAUGAAGAGGCCCUCACAGCUUAUAACCUGAACCGUACCACUCCUGGAGUGAGGAUUGUCCUGGGAGGGACCGCAGUGCAUAACACAAAAAGAAAAAUUAGGAUCCUGUAACAGAAUUUGCAUUUCAAAGGAAGAGGAAUCCAGAGGACACUCUUGUUCAUUUUCGGGCAUUUCAGGAUCAGUUUUGAAAGGCCUGGGAGCGUCAUCAUCCCCGUGGAGAUUCUAGAGGGAGUUUACUUUGCGGCUGUGACCAGAGUGUUAGACACCAUGGCCAGAGCUGGGGUGGAGUGUAUAGCCGUCGCUGACACGCAUGCAUUGAGCGCCGAUAACGUGUAAGGGUUUGUGAAAGGCGCUACAAAGAUGAAGCCACGUGCUGUAUUUUUAAGGACUCCAAUGUCUAAUGGGAAAAUAAGCAUAUAAAUGAGUAACUAAUAACAUGUUUUUUGAAAAAAACUGGAUUUAACUCAAGAUUCAAAUCUAGGUCUGUCUCUUGGUUCCAAUUUAUUUGUGCAUUUGGAACAUAUACUUUUAAAAUUAAAAAUAGCUUUUCAUCACAAAAUCAAUGCGUAAUACUUGGAGGAAAAAUUUUAAUACGGCUAAGCAAAAAUAAGGUAAUAAAAAUAUCCAUACUGCCACCAUCCCACCACAGGAAAUGUCAAAAUCUUGAUGUACGUAUAGCCUUUUAGACCUUUGUCUAAUAAUGUAUGCACAUAUAUUUUUAAAUAAAAGGACUAUGCUAUACAGGUA